AUGGCCCUUCACCGCCUCCAGAUGGCGGGAGAUCUCGGCCACCGCCCACAUCGGCAAUUGCAGGCCGAUUCCGCCCUACAAUACGCAGUUCUCGAAUCUGCAAGGGAGCUGCAAAACCUCGGAAAAAAGCCAUUGCAGUCAUUGCCGUUGAAAUCCAAGGAACUGACCGCAAUCGACCAGGUCCCAUCCGGCGCACACCCGCCGCGGAAGGCCAAUUAA